AUGCACAGACCGUUGAUGAACCCGAUGAGCUACCGGGGAUCGAUCCGUUCUCCAACUCGCAAUGCCCCUAAUUACGAGUUCGAUCGAAGAUCCAGUGACGAACAAAAUGGAGAUGAUGAUAGUUUCAGAGACGCGGGGGUUCCUGAGCGUAUUGGCAAACUCUCGCGGCAGGAGGAUGAAUUCGACUUUGCCAUUCUACUCAAACCAUCCAAGUAUGAAGAGACCGUCGAUCUGCCAGAAGCUACAGCAAAAACUACAAACCUCAAGCCAAUCACAAAACUUGACCCCACAAGCGAUCGCGCAGUGAUCGUCAGUCGCAUACGACGUACAGGGCUACACGUUGAGCGUUUAUUGUCUUUGGAUGGAAAGCAAUCACUACUAAAAGUCCGAGCUCCGCAACGUGUACUGGAACUCGGAGCAGAGCGACUCCGUCUUCGAAAGCAACGACGAUUUGAUAAAGUUUGGAUGGUUUUCUCUUGUGAAUUACGAUCAAGCUUCGCUGAUUUUGAUCCCGUUCGAAAAUGUGUCAACUUCCUCGAUAGCGAGAAGCAGAGCAUUGUACAUGCAUUGUUAACUGCUUCAGAGGCUGAUGGUGGCGCUGGGCUUAAUGAAUCUUGUCCCGUAGCAGCGAGAUAUGUAGUACAAAUGUAUCCGCUUCACAAACAAGACUUAACGUUGCUAAAGACUCGCUGGGUGACGUUCUGGAAGACUUCGUUACUGUCAAGCAAGCACCAGCAUGAUCAAGCACCCCAGUCAAAGUCAAGAUGCGCGGUUGUACGAAGUGUACUGCAACAGCCUUUGGACGACGUGGCGCAGUAUUUCGGUGAAAGAGUGGCCUUUUACUUCGCUUGGAUGGAAAUGUACACCCGAUGGCUUGUGGUUCCUAGUGCGGCUGGUGUUAUACUGUUCGGUCUGCAAGUUCACUCGCACCACCUCGACCACCCAGCAGCUCCAGUGUACGCUCUCUUCAUGGCUUUAUGGACAUCAGCUUUUAUCAUCGCAUGGAGACGUCGUGCAGCAGCUUUAGCGUAUCAUUGGGGCACCUGGGGAUACGAAGACGAGGAAGUCACCCGGCCAGAAUUCUACGGUGAUAGCAGCAAACCUCAUGAUGACAAGGAUGUCGACGAGGAAAAACCAGUUGAAAGGCAUUAUGUGCUUUGGAAGAGAUUGCUCAAGUACAGCGUCACUUUUCCGUGUGUGGCUGGCAGUAUAGUGGCAGUGGUGACGCUCGCGUAUCUUGCAUUCUCUACACGCGAUCGACUCGAAGCAGAGUCGCUAGAAACCAAACGUGAAGCUGCACUGAUCGCCGAAAAGGUCAGACAAACGGGUACGAUUACGUUGGAAGAGCUCCAAGCGUUGGCACAGCUUGGUGUGCGCUGGGAUUUCUGGAUCUACCUUCUUCUCACUCCCAUUCUCUACGGACUACUGAUCCCCGUACUUGAUGCUGCAUUCACUCGUGCAGCACGGUUCCUAAAUAAUUGGGAGAACCACCGCACCGAGUCCAGAUACCAGAGUCAUCUCAUUCUCAAAGUCUUCUCUUUCCGCUUCGUGCACGUUUUCGCGUCACUGUACUAUUACGCGUUUGCCCCGCAUGCUAAAGACGGAGAACAUGCAGCAAAGUCCGACGGGAUGGUACGAGUUGCGAUUCAACUGGCCUCGUUCAUGGUAACCGGACAGCUAUGGAAGAACGUCAUGGAGACACUGUAUCCAUUUGUGCGUCGUCGUCUUGAUGCACGAGCCAAGAAGCGUGCGAGUAACCAGCAAUUUAACCAGUCCACGGUAUUCAAUGGGAUCAACGCAGCCGCUGGUCCUCGAGGUCCUAGUCGUCAGGGAGCUACGUCCACAAAGCUAGCAACAGAGGCGAUGAUGAGCAGCAAUGCUGUGAUUCAUGAACAGUGCGUUCGACUAGAGCAAGCCUCCGAUCGAGCAUGGGAAGAAGCCGGAUUGAAGCAGUACGACACGUUCGAGGACUACACAGAGAUGCUGGUGCAGUUCGGCUACGUGUCGUUCUUCUCACUGGCAUUUCCUUUGGCUCCUCUUCUUGCUCUACUCAAUAAUCUGAUCGAGAUGCGCACUGACGCGUUCAAACUCUGCCAGACAAGACAACGUCCACUUGCUCACAAGGCCAGCGGCAUCGGAGUCUGGCUGCAUGUGUUGCAGAUCAUGAGUGUGCUGGCUGUACUGACCAAUUGCUUCCACUUGGCUUACUCUACUUCGCUAUUGGAACGUGCCUUCCCUUCGGUCACUGCAACGGAGAAAGUCUGGAUUGUAUUCGGUAUUGAGCACUUGUUACUGCUCAUCAAAGUUUGGUUGGCUUGUGUGGUGCCCUCCGUGCCCCGAGACGUCAAUGAGAGUCUGCGAAGGGAACGCGAACUUGCUAAACAUGAUAGCGCGCGUGCAAUGGCUGCUCGAAUGCUGGCGGAGGUGGCGAGCGAUAGCUCCGACGUGAAGCAAGCGUCCAUCCGACACCGGAAGGUUGACUCAAGUGUUAGUUGA